UUGCUUUCAAACGUCGGGAUUAUGGAUUUAAGAUCGGCAUUUAUUAAGUUUCUUGUUCUGAUACUUUCUUCUACUUUCACAAGUUCCAUGCCAAGUCGAAGAUUUAUGCCGAGACUAAUUUCUAAAGGAAGCAAAGAUACGAACGGAAGAACUGUCGCAGAAUUGUAUCAGUGCCCCCAAGUUGAUUUCCAUAGCAGAAUCAAAAGAAUGACAGGAGGAUCAACUAUUGCACCCGGGGACCAUCCGUCGUUCGUUUUUAUCACAGAAAAAUCGACUGUUAACUGUGGUGGAAUAUUAAUCAGAUCUAAUAUGGUUGUCACAGCUGCACAUUGCUUUUUCGAUGUUAAUAACGAAGAUGAAUGCCAAGAAAUGAAACACCGAACGAUUUAUGCAAUCCGAGGAACAAAUAAAAAUGAUAGAAGUGAGAUCACACACGUUUUCCGACAUUCAGAAUUCAACGUUUUUGCAAAUAAUGCAAAUUUAUACAGUCACGACAUCGCAGUCGCUCUCCUCCGUGAUCCAAUCGAUAUAUCAAGUCAGCCAAUCUGUUUACAAAAUGGACUGAUACCAGCUCCAUCAGAUAUUUGCUGGGGCCUUGGAAAUGGGAACCUUGAUAACACAAAAAUUCAGGAUGCUGAGCCACAUGUUAGUAAACUUGAGGUUGGACAAUGUACUAAAACCGGACAUCGCCGUCAAAGUUAUACAAAUAGUAGAAUACUUUGUGCAUCAAAAGGUCCAAACGAGGGUGAUAGUGGUGGUCCAGUAAUUUGCAGUCGUUCCGGACAAUAUUAUCUCGCUGGCAUAAUGGCUCAAGCAUAUACAAAUACAAAACAAACAAUUUUUACAAACAUGAUGAAUGAUAGUCUCUGUGCCGAAUGGGUCUUAAUUAAAUUAAAUGAAAGUGUCAGUGCUUUGAAAUCCACGUGUUCUCAACUUCAGUUUGGAAGAAAAUAGCGUUUUCCGCCUUGGCUCAUAAUCUAUUCAUAAGAUACAUUCCGCCGUGAAAUUUGCCUCACGGGGGUGCAAUAUAUGAUAAUGCAACAAAGUGCAAUAUUAGAUGGAAUUUUGUGAUGAAGUAUCAGAGCAUAAAGAUUUUAAAGGACGAUUGGACAAUUUGCCAAAUUAUUUGUAAUCAGUGGUGAGAUUCAAAUUUUUUUUCAGCCGGUUCCUUCUCAAAAGUCCUAUUUUUCAGCCGGCUCUGUUACAAACAGAACAUUUACAGUAACCAGUAAUGCUUACCGGUUCGUUGAUCUCAUAAAAUUCAACGAGACGGUUCUUUAGAACCGGUGCGAACCGGCUGAAUCCCACCACUGUUUGUAAUAUCUGGGUAAAAACUGUUUCCUUCAAAAAUAAUUUAACUGAAACAAGUCUGAGGUAAUGCCAUGUUUUAAUGCUUACGAUUACUCGUUCUGUAAUUCCUAAUUUAUAUGUAUAGCAAUUAACUAUAAAUUAUAUCUAUUUAUAUAUUUAUUUAUAUUUAUUAUUUAUCAAAUCCAAACUUAUUUGAUAUGCUACUGGCGGAAAGACAAAACAUUUAUUCUAUUAUACAUCAAUGAUAUACUUUUAUUUGAAUAUUAUUAAGACUACGGAAACAUUGGUGGUCAAAAGUACAAUAGAGUACAAAUAAGUGUUUUUUACUAAAUUUUUGACCCCGAAGACAAAUAAAGAAUCAUUUCAAAAGCGUUUUGUGGAAAGACGCAAGAAUAAACACUAACAUUUACUACCCAGCUUUUCAUAAUAAAACCACAUUUCGCCGGGUGUUGUCAUUUUCUCUAUAACUCUUCACAGGUACAUAAUUUUUACAAUCAUUUUCAUAUAAAAAGUUUAAUGUCAUUUAUCUGGUACAAAUUGAUAAAAUACUUUCUUACUGUCUUGAAUUCGUUCCCCAGUGCAAUACUCAAAUGUAGUGCUUUCAUGUACGCAAAAACGAUUAGCAAUGUAGUUUGGGCAUUUUUAUUCUAUUUAUUUAUAUUAUUAUACAGUAUACUAUUUAGUGUUAUAUUUCUUUAUAUAUAUAUAAAUAAUCGUAUAUAUAUGAUUAUUCCAGCAUUCAAGCAAUAGCCAUCACCAACAAGUGUUUUAUAGCAGUGCAAUGGCCUGUCGUGCAAUAAAUAAUAACGAUAU